AUGAGCAUUAAAUCAAUAAUGAAAGCUAUCCCAAAAACUCAACAUCGACCGAUCCAAUGCCAGAUAAAUGCAGCCAUAACACCGCGAAUGGUACCUUUUAGGAGACGAUUCAACUUUAAAAAGGCUAAAUGGGCAGAAGUCACGAAAUAUAUGGAUAAUGAAAUACAAACUCUACAACCAACACCUGCUAAUUACUGCAAAUUUGUUGAUAGAUUAAAGAAGGUCUCAAGAAAAUAUAUACCAAGGGGUUGCCACAUCAAUUACAUCAAGGGACUACGACAAGACACCAUAAAGGACUUAGAAACCUACUACGAAAGGUAUGAAGAAGAUCCCUUUUCGGAACUAACAAUUGAAACUGGAGAACGUAUUUUGAAGGAUAUAGCCGAAGAACGUAAAAAAGAAUGGAUGACAUUAAUUAAGGAUCUAGAUAUGGUCAAAAACAGCAACAAAGCCUGGAAACUAAUAAAAAGCAUGAACAAUGAAAAACAACAACCGAAAGAGCAUAUAAACAUAACACCAGACCAAAUUGCACACAAAUUAUUAAUGAAUGGGAAAACGAAGACAAAAGGGAAGAAAACUAAGCUUAAAUUUAAAAUGGAUAUAAAGAAUAAUACAAGUGACUUCAAUAAACCAUUCGAGAUGGAUGAGCUAAAUAUGGCCAUCGGAGUAAUGAAAAAUAGGAAAGCAGCGGGCAUCGACGGAAUCAUGACAGAACAGAUCAAGCAACUAGGCCCCAAAGCCAAGGAAUGGCUACUAAACAUGUUCAAUAACUGUAUCAAAACCGAUAGUAUCCCAACAGAAUGGCUCAAAUCACAUGUUGUGGCAUUAUUGAAGCCUGGAAAAGCCCCUACAGAUGCAAGUAACUUUAGACCCGUGUCACUAUUAUGUCAUACAUAUAAAAUGUUUGAGAGAAUGGUACUGAAUAGAAUAAAAGACAAGAUAGACGGGAAACUAAUCAAGCAACAAGCUGGCUUUAGGGCUGGUAAGUCAUGCACGGGGCAAAUACUUAACCUUGUUGAAGAAAUAGAGAAAGGCUAUGAGAAUAAUGUAAUAACAGGUGCAGCUUUUAUCGACCUCAGCGCUGCAUAUGAUACGGUUAAUCAUAGAUUACUGCUUAAGAAAAUAUAUGAGCUAACUGAAGAUGCGAAAUUCACAAAAAUUAUUAGUCUUUUAUUAAGGAAUAGACGGUUUUUUGUAUCAUUGCAGGCCAAAAAGAGCAGAUGGAGAAGACAAAAUAAUGGAUUACCCCAAGGAAGUGUUCUAUCACCAAUUUUAUUUAAUAUUUAUACUAAUGAUCAACCAAUUGGGACCCAAACGAAGCACUUUAUAUACGCUGAUGACCUCGCUAUUACAACCCAGGGCAAAACAUUCGAAGAGGUGGAAGUGAAUCUGAAUGACACACUUAAUACUAUGAAGGAAUAUUAUAAUGAUAAUUACCUCAAACCGAAUCCAGCAAAAACACAAAUUACCGCUUUCCACUUACGAAACAGAGACGCCAAGCGGAAACUGAGAAUUAAUUGGCAAGACACAGAAUUAGAGCAUUGCGAAGAACCAACCUACUUAGGCAUUAAACUUGACCGAGCCCUGACAUAUAGAAGUCAUUGUGAAAACACAAAAAAUAAAAUAGGAACAAGAAACUGCUUGCUUCAAAAACUGGUUGGCUCUCAAUGGGGCGCAGACCCUCAUGUCUUGAGAACGACAGCCUUAUCACUAUGUUACUCGACGGGUGAAUAUGCUUGUGCUGCAUGGAGAAACUCAGCACAUGCUAAAAAGGUAGACGUGGCCCUAAAUGUAACUAACAGAUUAAUUACGGGGUGCCUGAGACCAACACCAGUUCAGAAAGUACAAGUAUUAUGCGGUAUAGCACCCCCUAAUAUAAGGCGAGAGGUGGCAGCAAGGGUAGAGAAAACAAAACAAGAAUCAGACUUAAGACAUCCUCUAUAUGGAGGUAAAAUCAUGGGGAGCCGGCUCAAAUCAAGGAAAAAUUUUUUGAAGACAACAAUUAGCCUAUCACAAACACCUGAAGCAACGAGAAUAGACUUAUGGAAGGAGGCAAUGAAAGAGCAUAACUCACUGCUAUGGAAGGAUCCGAAGGAAAGCUUACCGACCGGAAGUCACUUACCAUGGUUGGUAUGGAAGACACUGAAUAGAUUACGAACGGAAACUGGAAGGACAGCGAGUAAUAUGAAAAAAUGGGGAUUGAAAGAUGAUGGGAAAUGCGAAUGUGGUGGAGAGCAGGAUGCGGACCAUCUGUUUGUAUGCCCACAAUUACCGAAUAAGUGUAGAAAGGAAGAUUUUUGA